CGCGCGUCACCGGUCGAUCACCAUGUCCGGCGUGUUUGCACAGUUGAAGGAGUACCUAUGGGGAGACAAGUGGUACGCUUGGCAGAAACACUGCUACGUGACGGGUGCCUCGUCUGGGCUGGGUCUCAAGCUUGCCGUCAAGCUCGCUGAACGCGGCGCGCAUGUUACGCUGGUUGCGCGCAACCAAGAGCGCCUCGAUGCCGCUCUCAAGCAAGUGGAGGCUGCUCGGGUCUCCGAAGGCCAACGCUUCCAUACGCUCUCCUACAACGUCGCCACGUCUGAAGGCGCGACGGAGGGCAUAGCAGCCGCCUCUGCGCUGUUCGACGGUAACCCGCCGGACGCGGUUUUCUGCUGCGCGGGCAAGUCGACACCUAAGUUCUUCGUGGAGAUGAGUGCGGAGGACCUUUCAAGGGGGUUGGAAGACGGUUACUGGGCCCAGGCGUGGACAGCUUGGGCCGCGUCCAAAGCACUCGUCCGCGCAGGAAAGCCUGGCAAGAUCGUGUUCGUGGCCUCCAUUCUGGCCUACAUGUCCAUCGUGGGCUACGGCUCCUACUCCCCCGCCAAGUUCGCGCUUAGAGGUCUGGCAGACACCCUCCGCAACGAAUUCGUCCUGUACGAUAUCGACGUACACAUCUUCUUCCCGCCCACUAUGUACACCCCCGGCUACGAGGAAGAGAACAAAACCAAGCCGAAAAUCACGCUCAAAAUCGAGGAAGAUGAUUCGGGACUGACUCCAGAACAGGCCGCCGAUGCCUUGCUCAAAGGAGUGGCGGCCGGUCAUGCGCACAUUACCGGCGAUAUCCUCACGGAGAUAUUCCGAGCAAGCACCCGAGGAUCCGCCAAGGGACAUAACUGGAUUUGGGACUCGAUUCUCGAUAGCAUCGGCCAUAUUGCGAUACCAAUCUGGGUAUGGACGGUCGACAAAGCUGUCAAGGGGCACAGAGCAGAACACAAGGCGUAUCUUGCCGAAAACAAGUUCUUUUCCGAACCUUCGACUUCGACUUGA